CACGGUUCCGCAUCCCCGAAUGAGGGGGGAGGCCGCGAUCCAGCGCAUCGUGACCCCCCGUCCGUUCAGCUACAGCUUACAGGGCGUUCCGCAUAUCCCGCCAUGCGCCUUCACUCAAUCUGUCUUUCUCUCUCGGGCAUAUCCCGACGAUUGAUUACCUUGACCUUACAGCGACACAUGCCCUGCCUGGUAGUACGGGGCCCGAGGCAAGACUCGGCCACAAUUAGGCAACCAGUUGUACCGCCCAUUUCUUCAUCGCCGAAGAGGGAACCAAGAUCCCGCCCCGUCCGAGUUACGCCUCCCCCGAACCGCGGUGCGGACAUUUCCCCGCGAACUAUCCGUACCUACCUCACUGUUCCGCACGUGAUGCGGGACGUCCUAAGUUUGCGCAAAGCCACACCCUCUCACGUGCCACUUCCGCCCCACCCCGAGAAGUUGGGGCUUAGCUCGCGCUCCGUCCUGAGGUGUCCGUCUCCAAAAUUUCGGCCAAACGGCGAUGCCGCGGGCCCCGCAAAGCCACCACAGCCUCAGGUGGAUACCCCAGCAGCUUACGCAGUCACGUGGUAG